AUGCAUUUAAACUUUUUUGAAACGAUUGCCAACCUUAGACCAAUUGGAGGAUUCAUCAAAAAAUUGGAACCUUUGGUCAAGUAUAUUGAUUUCAGAAGAAUUAAACCUCAGAUAUUAGCCAAUUUUAUUGAGCCACUAGAAAUUGUUUCAAAUAAAAUAAUUUUUAACUUUUAUCGAUAUGUAGCGUUAUCGAAUAAUUUAAAUUUAAGUAACACUCGUGGAAAAUCACAAAUUAAUGAAAUCGGCUAUGUUUGGGAUAAAAUCAGCAUAGUUAAAAUGUUAUUUGAAAAUAAUGGUAUUUUUGAAUGGGAUGUUAUUAUUGAGAAAGAUUGCAAUGCUUCUUGGGUAGGAGUAUUCAAUGGUACAAAAUAUCCAGAAGUAUCAGCUUGGAAUAAUCUAUCAUCAAAACUUUAUCCAGUAGUAUCAUUAAAAUAUCCUGGUCGUAUUCGAAUUCAACCUCAUCAAAAAAGUUAA